UGACAAGGAAUGUUCAGUAGCUAUCUCGCAGAGCUGUGUUUGAAUCAUGGGCGAUUCUGGGUUCUCGAUAUUCAUCGUUUGCAGUUUGUUUCUACAAAUUCAAACAAUCGCAGGAGACAACACCUGGACAAAUUUCAAAGUCAGAUUUGCUCCACCGGAAGUUGGACAAUGGGGAAUACCCCUGACUCUGGACCAAGCGAGAGAAAAAGGCUACGUGAAAGCAGCCACCCAAGAGGACUUUAGUAAGAUUGGUGUCUAUUGUCUAGACAAGGACCCAAGAGCAUGUCCAAUGUACGAUACAAAGGGUAAACUAUGUGGGUUCAGAAUUGGGUACGUUAUCGACACAUUGAGCCAAAAAUGUCAGAUCGGUUCAAACUAUCACUACGAAACUAUAGAGACGUUCAUAAAAGGAACAAUUUUCCAAAACAUGGACUACUACUACACGGAUUUCAUAUUUUCUACCCCAGCGUCUCUUGAGGCUGGAGGCCCUGCAACUCGCAAAGCUCCGUUAGGUGACAGUUUACACGUUAAACUUGAUGGAAAGACAUGGACAGAGAUUCCCAAAAAGGAGGAAGACAUCUUGAAGUUUCCCGGGAUUGUAAAACAAGCUUGCUUUAAGCAGAUGGGUCAGCACUACUUCUUCAUCGACAAGAAUACCAAUUGCGCAGACGCAAGACCAUUCUUCGCCAUGUACCACGAAGGAGACCUGGUCGCUAUUGGUAUGGUUGCCUUCGGAUCUGUAUCUAAAACAACCCGGGAUUGGUACGAAGACAUCCCCUCGUUUUUCCCAAAAAUGACGUUCUCUGACCCCCCAGAGUGUUUGACUCCUACUAUAGGGAAAUGUGGAGGGAUCGGUAUGCACAUGUAUUUCACCGAGAAACCUGAAGAUAUCAUUUGUCCGAAAUUAACCAACGGAUAAAAAAGCAUAAUGAAGGUUCUGAAAUAAAGUUAUUAAAUAUGCAUUGUACUGUGUUUAUCUUAUCAUAAAAUUAAAUAUCAGUUGAUAAGUUG